GCCUGCCCGCCCGCCUGCCUGCCUGCCCGCCUGCCUGCCUGCCUGCUUGCUUGCUUGAUUUCUGCACUGCACAUUCCAGUGUCUAGUGUCCAGUGUCCAUCCACAGCGCUGAGUGCACACCUAUACUAACCCGGCUGCGGUGUGAGGCCCAUGAGACCCACUAACUGCUGUAUGCUACUGACAUGCAUUGGCGCUGGGCUUUGCUGGGCUGGGCUCAGUGGGCUCAGUGGGCUGGGGUGCGAUGAGAUGGGGGGUAAAUACGGUACUAGUACUAGUAGGAGUGGUGGACACUGGAGCGAAAGAGGAGUGAGAUGUAGCCACGAGUAUCAAUAUAGGUACCGUACAUACGCUGAGAUGGCCUGCUGGACUGGUGACUGGGGAGUCGGGACUGUGGAUAUGGCGCAGCUAGAGCAGGUAGAUACAGGUACAGCUUACGGAAGGAAGGAAGGAAGGAAGUAUCUAUGGAAGGAAGUAUCUACAUAAGGAAGGGAAGGAACGGAAAGGAAAGGCCUUGAAGGCUGUGUGUAUUUGCAUAUAUAUACCCAAG